ACCUCCUCAUUUCUCUACAAACAAAUCCACCAUUUCUAAGCUUCCAAAACUCAAAUUCCACAAAACCCACUUGCCCAAGAUCUCCGCAAAUCACCGGAAUUUGUUCAAUUUUUCUGAAUUUUGAGGAAUCCUCAAAUGGGUCUCGCCAUGAACACCACCCCACCAAGCUCAGUGGCUGAAUCCCACUACCACACCCACAAGGUCUUCCUCUUUUGCAACUACAUUCUACUUGGUGCGGCCUCCAGUUGCAUCUUUCUCACCCUCUCGCUCCGCCUCCUCCCCUCUAUAAGCGGCUUCUUCCUAAUCCUCCUCCACGUCUUGACCAUCGCUGGGGCGGUCUCAGGCUGUGCGGCAGCGUCAUCAGGGACUAGCCGGUGGUACGCCGCUCACAUGGUGACCACGGUUCUCACCGCAAUAUUUCAAGGGUCGGUCUCGGUGCUGAUCUUCACGAGGACAGGGGAUUUUCUGGGGCAGUUGAAGUCGUAUGUGAGGGAAGAGGAUGGAGCUGUGAUACUAAAGUUGGCUGGAGGGUUAUGUGUGUUGAUCUUUUGCUUGGAGUGGGUGGUCUUGACCCUUGCAUUUUUCUUGAAGUACUAUGCUUAUGUUGAGGGUGAUGGGGCUAAUCGCUAUGCCAUGAGGAGGAGUACUGCCAAGGUGCAGCAAGAGGAAGACUUGAAGGACUGGCCAUGGCCUUUCCAAGUUUAAUUUUCAAAUUAUUGGUUUGAUUUUCCUGAUCAUCCCAGUGUCGGGCGGCCACUGCAACAUAUUUCAUUAUUCGUUGAUUCAUUGGAGUGUUCUUCUUAAUUCGAUCUGAAUUGUCUUUCUUUUCUUUUCUUUUUUUUAAAUAUAUUACUGUAUUGAGUAUUUUUAUAGGCGAUUGCGCUACAGAAAUGUUUUAUCUUUUUUUUUGCUCU